GGCGUGAAGCAACGGGUAAACGGAAUAGUGGGACACUCGUGUCGCAACGAGCAACACCUCCUAGGGAAGAAGCGACCAAGCUAAAGUUGUCAUUAAUCCGAUCACCCACGAAGCUUUGCGCACACACAGGGCAUCGUUGUAGAAUUGGAAAAAGACCGGUUAAAACAUACACCGGUAUUUUACUUCAGAGUGACUUGUAUUUUUCGGUACUUGUCAUGGAAGGUCUCCAGCAUCAGCAGUCCAGCAUUCUGGAGAGGCAGCUAGUUCAGACGCUGCUGGAUGAGGUGUGGCCGCAUCUGAGCUGGUCCGCGGAGUCUAGGAACGUGCUGGUCAUUGGUUGUGCCACUGGAGAGACCAUGUGUCUCGACCUGUUGCCGCGACUGCCGCAAGAUGUUUUCAUCGUCGCAGCCGACCGGAGACCCGAGAUGAUUACUGAGUGCGAAGCAAGAUUUCCUUUCGAUAACGUGGGCUUCAUUACCGUGGACAUCGGGUCUCCAGACAUCCAAACGACUCACGCGUGGAACCUGGUACCGUACACGAAGAUCUUCAGCUUCUUCUACUUGCAGUCGGUACGGGAUCAGAACCAGGUGAUGGAGAACAUCUACAAGCUCCUGGUCAGCGGUGGAGAAGCGUUUAUCGUGAUGGUCAUCUACACGGCUGUGGAUGCCCUGUAUCAGGCUCUGUCAAGGGCGGAUUAUUGGAAUCUGUAUGUGGAGGAUUAUAGGCACUUCGUGACGCCGUACCAGUUGUUAGAUGAUCCUGCAGACGUACUGAGAGGUUUUCUGGAGGACGCCGGGCUUCAUAUCAUAAAUGUUGAGUGCAGAGAAAUCAACUUUACUUCUCAGAACAUAAACGUCAUAAGAGAAGGAGUGAGAGCUACAAACCUUUUCCACGAUAGGCUACCACCUGCAGUGCAGUUUAGCUACUGGGAGGACUGCAUAGCAGAGGUACGCACCAAUGGUAAGCUAAUGUGGUUCCCUCCCAAUGAUGGGAUGUACCACUACAGAUACAACGCGCUCAUCGCGCACGUAAUGAAACCGUGACUUCUAGAUCACCCCCACCCUAUUUAGUUCAUCUGGCCUGGCCGCCGACGUUCGAACUGCUCACACCUUAAUUCUUUGCAAACUUCCGUUGCAAUAGACACUUCAGUGAUAAAAUACUUGACAUUCAAGUUUUGCAGUGACGUCUUCGAGCAAGUAUAGCAUGACUGGUGAGCGAAGAUCACAUAAUCGACACUUGCUUCCAGAUGAGAUGAGCUCCCGAUCACGGACUCUUUCAGUACGUCUGAAACUCAAGUGGACAUGAAACGUGUGUGUUGAAUAUUAAUUUUUUCUGAAGUUAUGAAAUCACUCGCCCAGAGGAGCUUCAUACCUCCAAUUUCUACAUGUUUUCCUACCAACUACUCGAGAUGCCCUAGUCAUGGUUGACUGGUGCAAAGAAACAGAAGAAAAGAGGAAUCCAUCAAGAGCGAAAAGUUGUUUCCGCAUUAGAAAUAAGCUGAUCAUCUCCACUAAGUGAUGGAAUUCCUGUGAACGGUCGAUCAUACGAGAAGAAAAAAUUACGAAGCCUGCUCAGCUGAAAUAAAAGAUCGUGUGUACAGGAUGGUGUGCAGUGCACGGAUUCCUGAUCUUCAUCGGAAGAGACUGCACGGAAACACACAUUAGCUUUCAGAUACUGCAACGAUUAAAGUAGAUUCUAUUUUAUCUAUACACUGCCUCUUAACCUUGUCAGUUUUUAAUAAUUUAUAAAUAGUUUAUAAAUACUUAUUGUUCUUGGCUGAAAAAUUUGUAUUUUGGUGAGACGUUUCAGACAAUUAAUGCAUGUACUUUAACUACUGCAAAAAUUACAUUGUGAAUACAUUGAGGAGAAUAUACCUGUGUAUCCAUAGUAUUAACGAGCAGUCAUCCUACCUGUGGCAGGAUCCUGGUCCGUCAUAACUCUACUGAAAAACCAAUUUUUACCAAUUGCUGUUACGGAUUAGUAAUAACUAGAAAGUAAUUUACCGACAGAGUGAAGCUAAUCACUGUGCUGUAGCGCACUUUUAAAAUGAAAUUCGCAUUUCAUUGAAGUCAUUUGACAGAACAGCUUCAUGCUGACAAUAUUCCUCAAUAGUAAUGGCGUCCAGACCAGUUAUCUGCUACCCUCGGUCGCUACUGGCUAAACAGAUGGCGUCCAUUCGUCAACAGAAGGCUUACGGCAUCUCUUGUCAUUCGGUUUAAUCGGACAGAAUACUCUUCGUUCUGAAAGGCCGGCUGCUUGGCUCAUGUAAGCGCAGGUGAAGUUACUUGUAAAGACUCGAUUUGGCUUAAAAAAUAAAAUUUUUGAAACUAAUGUCCUAAAAUAAUCCUUGAGGGCUGCCACCUUGUACACUGUUCCCCUUAAAUAGGAGUGGGGACUGGACAACAUUACGAACAAUGUGUCAUCUACUCUCCAACAGCAUAUUAGCCGUAGUAAGGGCCUCAAUGCUAUCGCAGGGAUAUGUUCAAAUAUUUCGUUUAGUGUUAUGUAAAGGGACUUAAUUGCAAUUGUAUUCCAAAUUAUCAAAUCAGUAAAUAUUAAAAUAUUCAAUGAUCAGUUAAAGUUAUCAGUCAGAAUUGUAACAAUGAAUACAGUAAAAUAAUGAAACAAUCUUUGAUGAUUGAAAACAGUUUAAUAUUAGUUUUACAGUGAGGAACUAUAUGUAAUAAGAGCAGGUACUGAAUCCAUACUGAUAUUUAAAUAGUUUACAGGUGCCUCUAGAAAUCAGUUGUCUUUCUAUGGCAAAUAUUAAUCCCAAUUCCAGAAAUUUAAAAUAAAACAUAGCAAAAUAAUUGUGUGCAAAUAAACGUGUGAAUACACAGUAAAUCACCUACAGAACUUAACCAGACUUCAAUUAAAGUUAGAUUAGCGACAUAUGAAAAACCGUAAUAAAAACUAAAAUUUCU